UUCUUCUUUCUUUUGCCUCCAAGAUUUGCCCAGCCAGGUGUUCGACGAAACACCAAACUCUCUUCUUCUUCUUCUUCUUCUUCUUCUGUUCUCACAGUAAGCGAGCGCUCCUGUUUCACUUCUCCUCUCUCUCUCUCUCUCUCUUCCCUGCCUUUUUGAGAAGGAGGGAGGGAGGCGAAGAGACGUGAAAGGAGUAGGGCGGUGCAAGGGAAGCAAAAGCAGAGGAAGCCGGUGCAUGGACGCAGUGGACGCAGGCCCAUCGAGGGCCGGAGGAAGCGACACGGGUCCACCGGCGGGGGCGGCGGCGCCGAGUAGGUACGAGUCGCAGAAGCGGCGCGACUGGAACACCUUCCUGCAGUACCUGCGGAACCACAAGCCGCCGCUGGUGCUGACGCGCUGCAGCGGGGCGCAUGUCAUCGAGUUCCUACGUUACCUCGACCAGUUCGGGAAGACGAAGGUGCACCUCUCCGGGUGCGCCUUCUAUGGCCACCCGAGCCCGCCGGCGCCCUGCACCUGCCCGCUGCGCCAGGCCUGGGGCUCCCUCGACGCCCUCAUCGGCCGCCUCCGCGCCGCCUACGAGGAGUCUGGCGGAUCUCCUGAAACCAACCCCUUCGCCGCCCGCGCCGUCCGCAUCUUCCUCCGCGACGUCCGCGACAGCCAGGCCAAGGCCCGCGGCAUCCCCUACGAAAAGAAGAAGCGGAGGCGUGCGCCCACUGCUUCCGACCAAGUCCAUGGCGGAGGUGAGUCUUCCUCUUCCGCCGCUCUCAGUGGCGACAGUUCUGGUUCGGGUGCCGGUGAGGGAUCUGCAGUUCCGCUGUGGGGCUCGUCUAUUUCCUGAUCUCUCUCCCCUCCGCCCCUCUCUCUCUCUCUCUCUCUCUCUCUCUCUCUCUCUCUCUCUCUCUCUCUCUCUCCUUGCUUUCUCUUUGUUAGCACUCACUGAGAGAUGGCUAUUCCUUUUGUUCCCCUCAAAACAUGUUUGGAUUCAAUAUGCUGAUCGGCGACUUCAACUCAUGAUUCUGGUCAUAAUGUGCACGAAAAGAUCGAGAUCGUUGCCAUGCUCAUUCUAUUCCGUCUGUUUGGUAGAUCUGAGAGGUGUAAUUCCUUGACAAUCUGCUUCUGUUCCUCUACCUGGUUUCCAAUAUCUCUGUAAUGUCUCGUUCUCUCCCAUCCUCACCUACUUUCAUCAUGCUGUGCUCAUGAGAUCCUUCUCAUCUCGUCUUCUUUUCAGUCAUACACCAGUCAUCUUACUGGAUCUGUUGUGCAGCAACAGCAUAUCUAUCUGUCUCCUAUACGGCUUUAAGCGUUCGUGAAACUCAGAUUUCCGCUGCAACGAGGUCGAACUGAGAGAGAACUCCAUGGUCCCCUUCUGGUGUCAAUCUAGUCCUAACCAACACGUGCGUCUUCGAUCUGACUCACCCUCCCUCUCACUCUCUUUAGCUCUUCUCCUUCCUCCUCUUCCUCUUCCUCUCUCUCUCUCUCUCUC